GGUAUUGGCUACAAGCGCUUUCUUCCUCGCACCUCUGUUAUCUUGGAAUUCUGUACGUUCUGUUUCAUGGCGGCCCUCAUUGCUUAUGAUCGAAAGGAACGUGAUCUGUUCGAGACAGCUCUGGUACUCGGUCUUUUCGCUUUCCAUUUGGUCGAGUGGCAAUUGUACGAAGCUACAAUCAUCUCCCCAUCGCAUGUGAUCACCUCGUCAAUCUGCGUCGGGUUCUGCGCAUUUGUUCUUUACGCGUGUUCCCAGUCACCAGUGGAUAUCUAUCGCACAAAACCAAAACAUUGUGAAUCCGGUAUUCGCCUGUUCUCAUGGUCUGUACUACGUUUGAGCAUUCUGGUCCCCAGUUUGACUAAAUUCACUCUUUUGGGCUGGAACUAUUGGCAAUGGUCGGGAAAUGAUGCUGAUCUCAUCAUUCUUGUCUGGGAUCAGCAUGCGAAUGGCCGUGUUCGUGUCUCGCGUUCGACAAUAAUCGGGAUAUUCUUGAUUUAUCUGGGUCUGUUGAUGGGAUCACGGCUGUUCCGACUCGCACUCAAAUGCGCUUUGAUUGGUUGCAGAUCGAUUGCCCACAUACGUGGUGCUCGAACAAAACAAGUGCGUCUCUGUACCUGA